AAUUUGUUCUUUUCCUCAUAAACAAGGUAUUUAAAUCCCCAAACCCUUCCUGCUUUUCCCUCCUUACUCACAGACAUUCUUUCCUUGAUCAUAAUUAAACACCCCUCCAUCACAUCAUUAAAUUUAAAAGCAUUCCUGAGACUUUUCUCUUUAGUGAUCUAAGAGAAUGGCUUCUUGCAAAGUCUCUGAGAUAGUUCUGGCCAUGGUCAUCCUCACAUCCAUGCUAUGGAACACCGCAUCUGCUCAAUCAAACUGCAUUACCACAAUAUUGAGCUUGUCACCGUGCCUGAAUUAUAUCACUGGCAAUUCGUCAGCCCCGUCCUCGUCAUGCUGCACGCAGCUCUCUAACGUUGUCGCAUCAAGCCCGCAGUGCCUUUGCUCGUUGCUUAACGGCGGGGGUUCGAGUUACGGGAUCAACAUUAAUCAAACUCUUGCCACCAGCAUGACUGGUGCCUGCAAACUUCAAACUCCUCCUUUGAGCAGUUGCAAUGGUGGGAGCGGACGACCAACGGCUUCAGCUGCAGUACCACCACCACCACCAAGUUCUCCCGUGGGUUCUGGAGCGCCACCGAGCACAGAAACGACCACAACACCAUCAGGAUCCGCCACACCAACAUCAGGAUCAAAAGCAGUUCCAUCCCCAACUGAUUCCGCAUCGGCUGGUUGCCACAUGGCAGUUCCAUUCAAUAUUCUAAGUUUCUUCCUCUUCGCAGCAGGCAGCAUCCUGGGCACUUUUUCCUGCUAGAUCAUAUUCUAUUUAAGCUUUCUCUGGUCCGCUGCAUUAGUGGUUUGUUUUGUCAUUUGAUAUUGUUUUCGUUUACUUUUCUAUUUGUUUCUUUUGUUUGUACUGAUGAUUGAAUUGAUUACGUCUCUAUUCUUAUUCUUUUACCAUUGUAAGUGUCUGGUCUUGCAAAAUAUGUUUACUUUACCAUUCUGCCACUUUUAGAACCUUCAUUAAAUAAGUGAUACUAGGCAAUGU